CGGAAUAAAAGCAAAAAGGGAGUAGGAUGAUGAGAAAAUGACAACCAGCACUUUAAGAUCUCCCUCCCCCAUCCUUCCUUUCUUCCCAGGCCCAGCUCACUGCUUCCCAUAUCUCUACCUCUUCCCCCUAACGGCUCAGGGGGGCAGGGAGUGGGGAAUGUGGUCAGUCUCUCACAGAUGGGCUCUGCCGCUUCUGUCUUCUCAGAUGAGGACGACUUCUGGUAUUCUUCCCCUGCUCCAACACAGGGUUCCUUCCCUGGGACACAGUCCUUAAUGAACUUCUCUGGUGUGGGUUGUUCCCAACAGCUGUGGCUUCUGCCGAUACAGGUUCCCUCACACGGGACACAGUCCUUGGUGAAUAUCUCUGGCGUGGAAUCUUAGCUACAGUUACAGUUUCUGCACUUACAGGGUCCCUCUCUCGGGACAAGGCCUCUUCUGGGCAUAAGUUUAAUGAGCUGCUUUGUUGUGGGUUCCUCCCCACAGUUACAGCUGUGGAUAUUGGCCCCCUUCCUCAGGACACGGCCUGCUCCGGCCAUAAUUUUAAAGAAGAAAAUCACUGCCCCUGUCUCAGGACCUUUAAUGAAGUGAAUUGCUGCCCCUGGUCUGGGGCCAGCUUUAGCAAAAUGAGUCUCUGCCCCUGAUACAGGGUCAUUAUCAAAAUGAGUCUCUACCACUGAUGCGGGGUCUUUAAAGAAAUGAAAAUAAAUCUCAGCUUCACCAGUUCUCUCCAUAGAAUGCAGGGGAGUCUCUGCUCCAGCACACCUCCUCCUCUCUUUCAUCACUGACCUUGGAGUCCGCAUGGUUGUUUCUCUCACCGUUCCUGCUCCGUGCACCACCACCAGCCAGAAGAAGGAAGAAGAGGCAGAAGAAGAAAAGAAAAUGGAGGAAGAAACCUCCCCUUCUGGCUUCUUCUCAAAAAAAUCAGGACACAGCAGCAUGGCCACGACUGCAGCCGUUAGACCCAGCGAGUACCUGCAGCCGGCUGCCUCCAGCACCCAGGACUCCCAGCCGUCUCCUCUGGCCCUCCUCGCAGCGACAUGUAGCAAAAUCGGUCCCCCUGCAGUGGAAGCUGCUGUGACUCCUGCCCCUCCUCAUCCAACGCCUCGCAAGCUCGUCCCCAUUAAACCUGCUCCUGUCCCUCUGGGCUCUGGCAAGAACAGCUUUGGGAUCGUGACAUCAAAAGGGAACCUCUUCCAGAUCCAGGGCUCGCAGGUCAGUGCCUCCUAUCCUGGGGGGCAGCUGGUUUUUGCCAUCCAGAACCCAACUGUCAUCAACAAGGGUACUCGCUCCUCUGCCAGCAUCCAGUACCAGGUGGUGCCCCAGCUCCAGGCUGCCACGGGACAGACCAUCCAGGUUCAGCCCAACCUUACCAACCAGAUCCAGAUUAUUCCGGGCACAAAUCAAGCCAUCCUCACUCCUUCCUCUUCCUCUCACAAGCCCGUGCCCAUCAAACCGGCUCCAGUGCACAAGACCGAAGGUUCCCUGGUGCAGGGCACGAGCAGCGUGGUCAAGUUGGCCGGUGGCAGCAACGUGACUCUUACCCUGCCCAUGAACAACCUGGUGACUGAGCUGGGCUCUCAGGCUCAGCUCCCCACCGAGAGCCCCACGAAGCCCAUCAAAAAGCCUCGGAAGAAAAGCCUGUCCCCAGCCCAGCCAGCGGCCAUGGCCGUGGCCGAGCAGGUGGAAACGGUGUUAAUAGAGACGAUGGCGGAGAACAUCAUCCAGGCGGGCAACAACCUGCUGAUCGUGCAGAGCCCGGGCUCGGGCCAGCCGACCGUGGUGCAGCAGGUGCAGGUGGUGCAGCCCAAGCAGGAGCCGCAGGUGGUGCAGAUCCCACAGCAGGCCCUGCGUGUGGUCCAGGCCGCCUCCGCCACCCUCCCCACUGUCCCCCAGAAACCUUCCCAGAACUUCCAGAUCCAGACCACUGAACCCACUCCUACCCAGGUUUACAUCAAAACACAGUCGGGUGAGCUGCAGACACUGCUGCUCCAGGAAGGCCCGGCCAUGACGGUGGCUCCGUCUGGGACCUCUUGCAGCAGCCCUGUGUUCCGCAGCUCCAGCACAGGAGCCAACAGCAAGAAACUGGCCACACGGAAGGAACGUCCCCUGCCCAAGAUUGCCCCGGCUGGAGGCAUCAUCAGCCUGAACACGGUGCAGCUGGCAGCCGCGGCACAGGCCAUGCAGACCAUCAACAUCAAUGGCGUGCAGGUCCAGGGUGUGCCUGUCACCAUCACCAACAGUGGAGGCCAGCAGCAGCUCACUGUGCAGAAUGUGUCCAGCAACAACCUGACCAUCAGCGGCCUGAGCCCAACCCAGAUCCAGCUCCAGAUGGAACAAGCGCUGUCGGGAGAGAUUCAGCCCGGGGAGAAGAGGCGGCGCAUGGCGUGUACCUGCCCCAACUGCAAGGACGGCGACAAGAGGCCAGGGGACCCAGGCAAGAAGAGGCACAUCUGCCACAUCCCUGAGUGCGGGAGGACCUUCCGCAAGACCUCACUGCUGCGUGCUCAUGUCCGCCUGCACACGGGCGAGAGGCCGUUCGUCUGCAACUGGGUGCUCUGCGGGAAACGCUUCACACGCAGCGACGAGCUGCAGCGACACGCUCGCACGCACACAGGUGACAAGCGAUUUGAGUGUGUGCAGUGCCAGAAACGCUUCAUGCGGAGUGACCACCUGACGAAACACUACAAAACCCACCUGGUCACCAAGAACUUGUAGGGCCAGUAGCUGCCCCACAGCUCCCCACCUCUGUGGCCAGGCCUUGCUGGGUCACCAGGCCCGCACUGAUCCUGCACUUCGAUGUCCCUGUCCGUGGAGAAGAGCCCACAGGGACAUCCGCCUGCCCUUCCUCCCAUGCACCAUCUGAGACAGCCCCCGGUGAAGGGAGCGAGGGGCUGACCCUCCAAGCGGGUCCCCCACCCUCCCUCUAGGUCCCCAGGGCCAUGGGGUGGCCCAUUGGUGGCCCAAAGCCCAGGAGCUGGGCACAGAGAGGCCAGCUACAGCACGGGUGGGCUGGGAGAGGCUCCACAGCACAUUCCUACUUUAUAUUUAAAGUCUAUAAAUAGCUAUAAAUAUUCCUAUCACCCUUUGGAAGGCCCCUUUUUUCUAUGGAGAUGUUUGCUUUAUGCUCCCUGCUCCCCAGCACUCUGGGUCCUGUGUGCUUUUCUUAAUCUUUAUUUAAUUCCUCAGUAAGAUGCUGCCCAUCUUCUUGCCCCCUUUUCUCCCAAUGUUUCUUUUCCUGUACUGGACAGGUUUUUGCUUUUAUUUUUCUCUCAGAUUUAUCUUCUCUCCCUGUUUUUGUGUUUCCGAGUGACGUGGCAUUUUUCCUUAUGAAUUUGGGGAGUUCAGCCCCCUCCCCCAUGUGCUGCUCCCUGUGUAUAGUGUACAUUGUAUCAUAGAUUAUAUUGCUUUUGUGGUUACUAGAUAUUUUAAAAAACACAAAACAUAUGGCUUGUUAUUUUUGAGCUUUUAAAUUAAACAA